AUGUCAGAAGCUGCAGAUCCUCUGAGUCGCGCAGAAACGGGAGAUUUGACCAAAUUCUCCAAGUUAGAAGCUUCCUUGAUCAAUACUGAAGUUGAGCGGCGUCCGAAUUCGAGAGCACAAAAUGAUAUCUACCGACAUGCUGAGAAAUCCGAUAUUGGAGUAAAUGAACUUAAAUUUGAUUUUGAUCUUGACACCAGUCACUAUCCUUUGGAUAAUCUGAGCUCUCUUCAGCAGGUUUUUGAUUCUGUGCAGUGCCAUCAUCAUCUGAAGAAUGCAGAAAACUUCUCACCUGGGACCCAUAUACAUUGUCUCCAAGUGGAUUCGCAGAAAGGAGAAUGGCAAACGCUGGAUGAGGAUAGUAUGGAGAGUCUCCUGUUGGAACUUGGCUGUUCUAGGCCACGAGAAGAAGGCUUAUGUGCGCGCAAGAUGGUUGUUUUCUUUGUACCAUUGGUCCCGAGUGAAGGUACUUCAUAUGGAUCGCGCGUCUUAAUGACAAGAGAAAACGCAAGAAUGCUAUUACAAAGACUGGAAGUCAAUCCAAUGUUCUUACUCAACCUCAUUGGCAGACCAGACUAUUGGGCACCCCAAAGACAUCUGGAAGCCGACCAAUAUGGGGACCUAAUUGCUUGCGAUUUCUUCUGUCAGCAUCCACGAUGGAAUCUCCAGGUCCAGAAAUCCCCUUUAUCUGUGUACAUGCGCCAUGAUAUUCGACAGGGUCUAACAACAUACAUCAUCUCCCACCAUGAGUCAGACACAUCAAUUGUGUCACUGAAAUCUCUGUUGAAUAUUGCACUAAGGACAGCAUCUGAAAAGUCCAGAGCUGCAACAUUCCUCGACGGCCCUUUCGAUAUACAUGUCAUCUUAUCCACACUCUCCCUUGAAGCUUCAAAAUUUCAUGUCGAGCGAUUCCGAAGAUUUAUGUGGUCCCAGAUCAAUAAGGUCGACGAUCAUCUUGCCGGUCCCGAGACGACCGACCGAGCAAAGCUUGGAGACUUGACCAAGAAACUCCAGAUCAUCUCUCAGAAUGCAGACUCCCACAUUGCCAACGCUGAUGUGGCUAUAAUCACAGCGACGGGUAUCCGAGAUGCUCAUUUGCGCCUCAAGGGCUCGCUCACUGAUUCCAGUCCCUUUAUACUACAGCGAGUGGAGGACUCGAUAUCUUAUGUCAUAUCCUCGAUGGAGAAGCAGAAAAUGUGGUUUCUCAACUACAAGCAACGGAAAGACAGUACCAUGUCGCUGGUCUACAAUUUAGUGACUCAGCAGGAUGCUGCAAACAACAUUCAAAUUUCUCAUAGCAUGAAGCAAGACUCAACAUCCAUGAAUGCAAUCGCAGCUCUUACCAUGGUCUUUCUACCGGGAACAUUUGCAGGCACUCUUGUUGGAGCUGGCGUGUUUGGAGGCGCUAUUACGGAGAAGGUUUGGCUCAUAUGGGCUUGCAUCACUGUACCCCUGACUCUAUUGGUCAUGCUAUGCUGGUGGCUGUAUCAAAAAAUGAAGUAUCCAGUUUCUUAUGGAACCCUGGUGGCGCCAAGCGAGAAGAAGGCGGAGUCGGAUCUGAAUGAAAAGAGCUACCCCAGACGAUUUAGCAGCUUUUCUUUCCGGACUCCUAGAGCUGGACGACAGGAUUCCGGCUUCGGAGGACUGACAGGUUCCUAA